AUGCUCAAUUACUUUACAAAAUCAAUAUUUAAAGCAAUCAUUCGUCCAAAAAUAUGGUGUACAAGCAUUUCGAAAAAAAAUGUAUGCACUGCAUUACAUGCAAUAAAAAAAGUAAGUUUUAAAUAAUUAGCAAAAAAGUAUACAAAUGCCUGAAAUUUAGGGACUUACAUAACUAUUAAUUCAAAAAAAAAAAAACUAAUCAUUAUAGAAAAUAUAUAAAAUAAACAAUAUAAAUUUUAGUAUAAUACUAACUUGUCUUAAUCGUUUUAUACCGUAGUGUUCUACAACUAACAAUUAUAGAGUUGUAAUGGUUAGACACGGCGAGAGCGAAUGGAAUGAAAAAAACUUGUUCUGCGGUUGGUACGAUGCUAAAUUAAGUCCCAAAGGUAAUACGAAUAUUAAAAUAAUAAUUAAAAUUUUUUAUACUUUAUUUACUGUAGUCAAAAUAAUUACGAAUAAAGAUAAUUUACCCGUCCGCGUUAAGAAAUUAGAUGGUUUUAAAUAGUUGAAAAAAAUUAAUAAUCAUUUUUUGUUUAGAUUUUUAACUGACAAUUAAAUUAUUAAAUUUGACUCAUGGUCGUCGAGUGAAUUAACUGAAUUAAUUUUACUAAAUUUAUUCGGUGUUUACGAUGGGUAGGUAUUUCUAUUAAAAACGAUUUACAUAAUUGUCUUGUGACGCGUAAACUCAAUUUCAAAUAACAUAAUAAUAGAAUAGGUGGGAAUAUGUAAUUAUAAUUUCUAUUAUAUUAAGCCAUUCCGCUAUAACGUAUAGCUGAUACUAUUGAUCCGAAGAUUCAUUUUUUUAUAAUCCUUAAAAAUAUAUACAAUCUAUUUUACAUCGGUUCUAUCGUGUGUGGUAAAAUAUGAUAUUAAACGAGUUCAAUAAUUAUGAUUGUAUUUUGUAUAACAAGAUAAUGAAAAAGAGGGUAAACAUCAGACAUCCCGAAAACGUUUGAAGUUCUACAUAAACUAUAUCAAACGGCAUUUUUUAAAUAAAAACGCCUUUUUCGGCUCCGUCGUUAAACUGCGUUUUAUACAAAUACGCUUUUAUAUUCCGUUAUAUUUUUUGGCCCGCAGGCUUGCAAGAAGCUGUCAACGCCGGAAAAACGUUGAAACUGAACAAUUAUGUAUUUGACGUCGCACACACGUCCGUUCUGCAGAGGGCUCAACACACUUUGUGUACGAUACUCGACGAGCUGGACCAGGUGGAAAUUCCCGUGCACGUGACUUGGCGUCUAAACGAACGGCAUUACGGAGGUCUGACAGGACUCGACAAGUCCGAGACCGCCGCCAAGUACGGCGAAAAACAGGUAACUGAUAUAUAUAUUUUUUUUUUUUUCUAAAGAAAUAACAAUGAUAUAAUUUCCGACGUACGGCCCCGGUCUCUCUCUAAAACACUUCUUUAGAUUUUCAACUAGAUUCGAUAUUUAAUGCGUAGUGUAACAACGAUAUAUAAUAGCGUUAUAUGUAUUAUUAUUUUAAUACUGAAUAUUUUUUUAAGAUGGCUUCUGUUAAAAUUAUAAAAUUAAUAAUUUUUAAUCACAAAAUAAUUUUAAAAUGCUAAAUUUCUACAAUGUUGGACGUAGAAACCGUCGAUAUUUUCUCCCAUGUCGAGGUAGAAUUGAAUUGUUAACCAUGUGUUGUAAUGGUAACAGGUCAAGGUGUGGAGACGUAGUUUCGACACUCCGCCACCGCCAAUGGAAAAAGAUCACGCGUACUACGAUCAGAUCGUCAAAGACCCUCGGUACACAGACGAACCGUCCGGUAAAGAAUUUCCAAUGUUUGAAUCGUUAAAAUUGACCAUAGAAAGAACUCUACCGUAUUGGAACGAAGUUAUUGUCCCACAAAUGAAACUGGGAAAACGGAUCAUAAUAGCCGCUCACGGAAACAGUCUUAGGGGUAUAAUUAAAUAUUUGGACAGUGAGUGCAUACUCAUAAAUUGAUAUUUUGGUUAGAAAAUCGUAUGGACGGAGACCAAAAGAUUACAUUUUUUCAUCGUUUUUAUACAGUAGAAAAAAUUACACCAACAUCUCACUGGUAAUAUCCGAGGCGGUUAUAGAAAUUUAUUUUAUGCCUUUUAGGGCAUCCCAAUCAUUUAUAGAAAAUCCCUAUUUCGGUCCUCGGCCAGUACUAAAUCAGCCUAUAAUCCACAUACUUCCUAAUGUCCAAGUUCGGACCUUCCCCCAUACCAUCCACCAAGAAACAAAAGGGAAUCUUUUUGAAAUAUUCAACACCCCUCCCCCAUUUAGGUCCUGAAGUGAUCUUCAGAAAAUAUGAAAAAUAAGAAGGAAACAAAAAUUCGACCGUAUUUCGGAACAACUAGAACAACUAGAACAACUAGACUAACUAAUUAUUCAGAACAAGUAUUAAACAAUUACCAAUUUUCACUUAUAGUAGAUUACUCUAGAUAUGAUAAAAUUGUCAAAAGAUGUUGACGAAUUUUGAACUUUUUUUAUUAAAAUUCUAUAAUAUAUUUGAUAUUUUAGAUUUUUCAAGUUAUUUAAAUUGUUAUUUGGUUUUGUAUAAAUGAAAUUGUUUAUAUAAACAUAAAUUCUUGACAAUUUAUUACGAUCAUAUCACCUCGAAGUUCGUUAUAAUUUUGUGGCCAAAAAUCGAAAAGUUGAGCAUAAUUUAAUAAUUUUUUGCGUGUUAAGUUCAAUUUUUGAAGAAAAUCGUAAUAAUUAUAGCAUUUAAAAAUAUAUCUAACUGAACUUUUCUCAGAAUAACUUUUAAUUAUCAAGCAAUACUUUAUCGUUGUGUGCAUGGUGGUAGGGGCUAAUUUAUCAACCAAAAUAAGAUAUUCCCGGGAAGAUCCAAAUGUUUUCCGAUGGAAAUUUCCAGGCUGGAACUAAUUUCAAUUAAGACGAUCGGUUCCCAACAAGUAAUUUUGAUCAAUCAUCAAUUAAACAGAUAAUGUCCGGGAAGGUCGAAAUGCAACCCAACGGGAAGUUCCUGAUAGGCAUUAAUUGGGUACUAAAUAGGAAAUUCCCGGACUGGUCUACACUGUAAAGGUUACAAGAUAGGAACUUAUUAUUCCACCUGUUCCUUGGUUAAUCUGAUAGCUAAUUGGAAGGAAUUCUGUAACAAUCAAAUAAACAAUUAGAUUGACGAUUGUAGGGUUAAAAAAUUAUCCAUCUGAUACAUUCUGAUUAGAUGAAAUAAUAACAGUAAUAGAAAGUUUAAAGCUUCUGAUAAGUGGUAAACACAUACAAACAAGAAACAUUGGUCAGUUAUACAAAGUUCAUUUUGUUGUUCUACAAUGUUCUAUCAAAUCAAGAUGCUUCAAUCAUCCGUGAUGAUAUCUGAUUAGUCGUCAGAUCAAUAAAUCAAGGAACAAAAUUUGUUACCUGAAUGGUGUACCGGGUGAUCCAUUUAAGUGGGUACACUCAUUAUCUCGGAAAGUAUUAACUUUUUCUGGAAUUUGUUUUCUAUAAUAUUUAAGAAACAAGCUGCUCUACAAUUGUAAAUUUAUAUUAUUUUUUAUCCCCUUUAUUUUUGAGCGUAAAGCCACUACUUACAUUUAAUUUUCAAAUAGUGACCUAUAUUAAAAAGUACACAAAUAGAAGGAGUAUUAAUCAAAACAAAUUUUAGUGUUGACAUUUUUGAUUUCCAGCGAUCCGUUGACUAGAUAUUCCACUUUUAAGUUUAGGCUGGAGGAGAGUGAUGGUGCAUUAUCAACACGCUGCACGCCGUACCGCUACACAAAUGAUUCUCAACCACUCUCUUCCAACCCAAACUUAAAAGUGGAAUAUCUCGUCAACGGAUCGACGGAAAUCAAAAAUUUCAACACUAAAAUUUGUUUUGAAUAAUAUGUCAUUGAUUUAUGUAUGAUAAUGAGUAUACCCACUUAAAUGAAUCACCUGGUAGGUAUUGGAAUCUAAUAAUUUUCGUUCUCAAUAAAUAAUUACAUAAUAUUGUUUCUUAGAUCUUUCUGACGAUACAAUUAUGAAUUUAAAUUUACCGACGGGCAUACCAUUCGAAUAUACACUUGACGAGAACUUUAAACCCAUAGUUUCAUUGAAGUUUUUGGGUGACGCAGAAACCGUUAAGAAAGCUAUGGCCGCUGUUGCUUCUCAGGGCAAAGCAAAAUAA